AGGGGCGCGGAGGGCGAUAUGAGUCUGGUGGGGGGCUUCCCCCACCACCCGGUGGUGCACCAUGAGGGCUAUCCGUUCGCCGCCGCCGCCGCCGCCGCCGCUGCCGCCGCCGCCAGCCGCUGCAGCCACGAGGAGAACCCCUACUUCCAUGGUUGGCUCAUCGGUCACCCCGAGAUGUCGCCCCCCGACUAUAGCAUGGCCCUGUCCUACAGCCCUGAGUACGCCAGCGGCGCCGCCGGCCUGGACCACUCCCAUUACGGGGGGGUGCCGCCAGGCGCCGGGCCCCCGGGCCUAGGGGGGCCGCGCCCGGUGAAGCGCCGGGGCACCGCUAACCGCAAGGAGCGGCGCAGGACUCAGAGCAUCAACAGCGCCUUCGCCGAACUGCGCGAGUGUAUCCCCAACGUGCCCGCCGACACCAAACUCUCCAAGAUCAAGACGCUGCGCCUGGCCACCAGCUACAUCGCCUACCUCAUGGACCUGCUGGCCAAGGACGACCAGAACGGCGAGGCGGAGGCCUUCAAGGCGGAGAUCAAGAAGACAGAUGUGAAAGAAGAGAAGAGGAAGAAGGAGCUGAACGAAAUCUUGAAAAGCACAGUGAGCAGCAACGACAAGAAAACCAAAGGCCGGACGGGCUGGCCGCAGCACGUCUGGGCCCUGGAGCUCAAGCAGUGAGGAGGAGGAGGAGGAGGAGAGCGCGAGUGAGCCAGGGCCCAGGAGCCGGAAGCCGACCCAGGACUCCGGGCAAGCUCUCCACGCUCUGCUCUGAGGACUUCUUGCAGUUGGAAUCAUCCGGUUUAUUUAUGUGCAAUUUGCCUCCCCUCUCUUUGCCCCCCCUUUGAGGCAUCCGCUCCCCACCCCCCUCCAAAAAAAAAAAGUGGAUAUUUGAAGAAAAGCAUUCCAUAUUUUAAUAUGAAGAGGACACUCCUGCGUGGUAAGGGAUCCCAGCGUCUCGUAGAUUCUCUGUGUGUGAAUGUUCCCUCAUGGCUGUGUAGGCACCAGCGUUGCCCCCUCCCCACUUACCCAACCCCUUCCAGAUAAAGACAGCAGACAAUUGUGUGUAUGUAAAGUGUAUCUUUAAUACCUGGCCUUUGGAUAUAAAUAUUCCUGGGGAUUAUAAAGUUUUAUUUCAAAGCAGAAAACGGGGCCGCUAACAUUUCCGUUGGGGUCGGUAUCUAGUGCUGUCUUAUCAUCUGUGGUCAUUCCCUAUUCGAAGAUGUUUCCAACAGCUACUUGUUUUGUGCACUUCCGUCCUCUAAAACUAAGUGGAAUUUAAUUAAUAUUGAAGGUGUAAACGUUGUAAGUAUUCAAUAAACCACUGUGUGUUUUUUUUUUACAAAAAAAAAAAACCCCAAUCUUUUAAUGGUUGAUACCUCAAAAGAGUUUUGAAAACAAAACUGUUAUACUUGUUUUCAUAAUAUUUAAAAUAUUCAGAAGUAAACUAAAUUAUCAUGAUUGCCUCUAACUUUAUUUGAAAGAGUCAGUAGUUCCGAUCAGUCCUCACCGUGAGCUCCAGCCCUCAUAGGGAGGUGACCUUGGUGAAAAUCCUGCUAAAGGACCUGGGCUCUAUCAGAGACCUGUCUCCUUCCCGCUGCCCUCCCUACCGCAGCCCCAGACUAGGCCGAGUGGUCCGUAUUAGGAGGACCUGGGGCCAGAGAAAGGCCUUGGCAGUUCGCUGGAAAGGUGGAAAGGUGUUCUUGUUUUCCCGAAAUCAACCAGAUGCCAUUCUGUGGGGGACUGGUUUUUGUUUGGGGAGCGUGUUUUAGGUGGAGGAGAUUGGAGGAGGAUCCCAGGAGUUACUGCAGCCGCAGGAAAUAGUCCACAGUUUUUAAUUCAAAAUGUAGGGCUUUCAUCCGGGAAAAGAAAAAAGAGGAAAAGAGGAGUUGUUUGCUUGUAGUCUCCAUCAGGCAGAGGAGAUCCAGAAGAGUCUGGCAGCAGCAUCGCUAUGGGGCAACUUGCUGCUACACAUGCUUUAAAACCCGCGCUGCAGAAAUUCGUCCUCUUUGUCUGGCCUGGGCCAGGCGCUGCCCGCCUUCUCUCCUGCCUGCCGAGCUGCUUCCUCUGGCCCAGCAGCACCAGCCCUGACACCUCAACCAUCUCGACGUUCCAACCUGUGUGAAAUCCCAACUGGCCAGACAUCCAGCAGACCUGACACCCCAAGGGGCUGGACCCCUAACUGGAUGCACACCCUAAGUGGCAAGAUACCCCCAGAUUAUCUGUCUCUGCAGUCACCGGGGACAUCCCAACCUUUCGAACAUUCCCAGCCACCCAACAUCCCUGCCCCACCUUGUCAAGUCCCGGGAAGUGAGUGGUGUGCUGGGCCGGCAUUUCUUCUGAGCUUCCAUGCUUUUCUCUUCUACACAUUUAUUUCUCUUUUAACUCCC